AGAGAGACAGAGAGCUCCAGAAUAAUCAGUGUCGAAAUAAAGCAGCCGACGCGCGCUGUAAUCGCUGUUUCUCCGGUGAAGCUCGAGCAGGUGCCGUGCCGUCACGAUGGGGAACCGGGGGAUGGAGGACCUGAUCCCGCUGGUCAACCGAAUGCAGGACGCGUUCUCCGCCAUCGGUCAGAACGCGAACCUGGACCUGCCGCAGAUCGCGGUGGUGGGCGGACAGAGCGCCGGGAAAAGCUCCGUGCUCGAGAACUUCGUGGGGAAGGACUUCCUCCCGCGCGGCUCUGGGAUCGUCACCCGCAGGCCCCUCGUCUUGCAGCUCAUCAACUGUCCCACAGAAUAUGCCGAGUUCCUCCACUGUAAGGGGAAGAAGUUCACAGAUUUCGAUGAGGUGCGUCAGGAGAUCGAGGCGGAGACGGAUCGAGCCACAGGCCAGAAUAAAGGCAUUUCUCCCGUGCCCAUCAACCUGCGCGUCUACUCGCCUAACGUGCUGAACCUGACUCUGGUGGAUCUGCCGGGAAUGACUAAAGUGCCGGUGGGAGAUCAGCCUGCAGACAUCGAGCACCAGAUCAGAGACAUGCUGAUGCAGUUUGUGACCAAAGACAACUGCCUGCUGCUGGCCGUGUCGCCCGCUAACUCCGAUCUCGCCAACUCUGACGCCCUGAAGAUCGCCAAAGAAGUCGACCCGCAGGGUCUGCGGACGAUCGGUGUGAUCACUAAACUCGAUCUGAUGGAUGAAGGGACUGACGCUCGGGAAAUCCUGGAGAACAAGCUGCUGCCACUGCGCAGAGGUUACAUCGGUGUGGUGAACCGCAGUCAGAAAGACAUCGAUGGGAAGAAGGAUAUUAACGCUGCUAUGGCGGCGGAGAGGAAGUUUUUCCUGUCUCAUCCCGGUUACAGACACCUGGCCGACCGUAUGGGAACGCCGUUCCUGCAGAAAACCCUCAACCAGCAACUGACCAAUCACAUCCGUGACACGCUCCCUGCGCUGCGCGCUAAACUGCAGAGCCAGCUGCUGUCCAUCGAGAAGGAAGUGGAGGAAUACAAGAACUUCCGACCAGACGAUCCGUCCCGGAAGACCAAAGCCCUGCUGCAGAUGGUGCAGCAGUUCUCUGUGGAUUUCGAGAAGCGUAUCGAGGGCUCUGGAGAUCAGAUAGACACGUACGAGCUGUCUGGAGGAGCCAGAAUCAAUCGCAUCUUCCACGAGCGCUUCCCCUUCGAGCUGGUGAAGAUGGAGUUCAACGAGAAGGAGCUGCGCAAGGAGAUCAGCUACGCCAUCAAGAACAUCCACGGCAUCAGAACUGGGCUCUUCACGCCGGACAUGGCCUUUGAGACCAUUGUGAAAAGGCAGAUUGGGAAGAUUAAAGAGCCGUGCCAGAAAUGUGUGGACAUGGUCAUUUCUGAGCUUGUCAGUACCGUUAGACAGUGUACCAAGAAGCUGGCCCAGUAUCACAUGCUGAGAGAGGAGCUGGAGCGGAUCGUCACGCAGCAAAUACGCGACCGCGAGAGCCGCACUAAACAACAGGUGCUGCUGCUGAUCGACAUCGAGCUGGCGUAUAUGAACACCAACCAUGAAGACUUCAUCGGAUUUGCCAAUGCUCAACAGAGAAGCAGUCAGAUGAACAAGAAGAAAGCGGCUGGUAACCAGGGCCAGGAUGAAAUCAUGGUGAUCAGGAAGGGCUGGCUGACCAUCAAUAACAUUGGCAUCAUGAAGGGCGGCGCUAAGGAGUACUGGUUUGUCCUGACGGCCGAAUCUCUGUCCUGGUACAAGGAUGACGAGGAGAAAGAGAAGAAGUACAUGCUACAGGUGGACAAUCUGAAGUUCAGAGAUGUGGAGAAGGGCUUCAUGUCCAGCAAACACAACUUUGCCCUGUUCAACACUGAGCAAAGGAACGUGUAUAAGGACUACCGUCAGCUGGAGUUGGCCUGCGAGAGUCAGGAGGAUGUGGACGGAUGGAAGGCUUCGUUCCUGCGUGCCGGCGUCUAUGCUGAGCGCGUGGUGGAGAAGGAAAAGAGCGACGCUGGAGACGAGAACGGUUCGGACAGUUUCAUGCACUCCAUGGAUCCUCAGCUGGAGAGGCAGGUGGAGACCAUCCGAAACCUGGUGGACUCCUACAUGAGCAUCGUCAACAAGACUGUACGAGACCUGAUGCCCAAGACCAUCAUGCAUCUGAUGAUCAAUAAUACGAAGGAGUUCAUCAAUGCGGAGCUGCUGGCUCAGCUGUACUCGUGUGGAGAUCAGAACACGCUGAUGGAGGAGUCGGCCGAACAAGCACAGCGGCGCGACGAGAUGCUGCGCAUGUAUCACGCGCUCAGAGAAGCACUGAACAUCAUCGGGGACAUCAGCACCACCACCAUCUCCACCUCUCUGCCUCCGCCUGUGGACGACUCCUGGCUCCAGGUGCAGCGCACCGGCUCCGGAGGAAGGUCUCCGGCGACCAGCCCGACCCCUCAGAGACGGGCCCCUCCUCCGGGGCCUCCGGCACGCCCAGGUUCUCGUGGCUCGGCCCCGGGGCCCCCUGCUGCCGGCGGGCCACCCGUUCCCUCUCGCCCGGGAGCCUCUCCGGACCCCUUCGGCGGGCCCCCACCUCAGGUCCCGUCCCGGCCUAACCGCGCACCUCCCAGCGUGCCCAGCCGCGGAAUGUGAGACUGUAACCGCUGGAGUAAGAGCAGUGGUGUGGUGGUCCCUGAGCUCACGGGCCAGAAGACGACACCAGACUCCCCGAAGGGUAAUACACUUUUUUACUGUAUGUAGGCUGAGAAAGUCACUGACAGUAGAGUUGCACACAAAGCAUGGACAAAGUUGUUUAAAUGUAAACAUUAGGCCAUUAAGUCAACACAAUGCAUUAAUAUGAAAUAAUCAUAUCUGUAGUUCACAUCAAUUUCACUACAACACAAUAUACAGUGGCUGUGAACAUAUUUGGACACUUAAGCCACAGUUAAAAGUCUAAAUGUCAUUUCAUUAGAGGUGUUUAUGAGGAAAACUCAACUGAUUCAAAUGAGUCAUAUGGUUCAUAAAAUGAUUCACUUUUUCGAAGCGCGCGCGGGCGACACCUGCUGGUCGAAACGGUGUCAAUGCAACGAGAACAUAGUACAAAAAUAUGUUUUAAGAUCAGUGUUUGAUUGAUCAGGCCAAUUAGAGACACGUCAUCGACACUGAUCUUAAAUUACAAAACUGACCCUAGAUCAGUAAAACAUUAGACACUGGUUCAUGUGUUCACUGAGAUCUUCCGUCGACACUGAAUCACACGACUCCGAACCACUGAUUCAAAUAGAAAGAUUCGAAUCUUCACGCGGCAGUGUUUAGAACGCCCAUCACUAAAGCAAAACAAACUAGUUUAAAUCAGCACCUAUAAUCAUUAAACACUUGGUUUAGCAGUUCAGAGUGUUGUUUACUGCACGGCGGCAGAGAAUAAUCCAAGUCUUACCUGCUG